AUGAUGAACACAUCAUCAAAUAAUGCCGUAAUAUAUAACCGAUGGAAGUUAUAUGCAUCAAGAGCAGAAAUCGAACUAUACAAGAAGGGUCAAAAUGGUAGCGAUGAAAUUUCUGUAGUUCCAUUUCCAAGUCAUUUGCCACUCGGUAACCUUGCUCAAGUCGUCGGAUGGGCGACAACAGGCUUCACACCCAACGCUAGCGAAGGUAUAUGGAUAGGCGAUGAUGGGUAUUCACGGUGCUUUGAUGGAUCACGUGGUACGUUGUACAAUAAUGGACAAUUAAUUUUUUUACCACCCAAUGUUCGCUGGAAGAAAAACGAUGUUUGUGGUUGUGGUAUUGAAAUUAACGGUGAAAAUACUCGAAUCAAAUAUUGGUUGAACGGUAAACUUUUAGGUACAGCAUUUGCACAUCAAGAAAAUAUUGCAUCGACAACUGGGAAAUGUAAUUUGUUACCAAAUGGACCCAAUACGACAUUUUUUCCUGGUGUUACUGUAGAAUCAUACAUGGAAGAGGAAGACUUUCCAGAAGACAUGACCGAAUGUCCAUUACCCGAUGGUUACACGGCAAUAUUAAAGCCUAAAUUAAAUCCUAACACAGACUCGCUGGUUUCUUAUCCCUACAGUGCCUAUUUAGUUGGUGACGAUGUUCAAGACUUUAUUUAUGCACCACGAAAUCAACCAUCGGCAACAUUUCUACGUGAUUUUAUUAAUGGCCAUCAUACUGAAACUUCAUUAAAUAUCCAUGAUCAUUAA